UUUCCAAUUCCCUCGAUACCCGAUCAAUCUAUCUACCUUUCACCAUGUCUGAGCGUUCCACCGUCCACGUCGAGGGCAUUGCCCCCGCCACCACCGACAAGGAGGUCCAGGACUUCUUUAGCUUCUGCGGCAAGAUCACCCACAUCUCCGUCACCCCCGUUUCUGGCGAAGCCGAAGCCCAAAAAUCGGCGACGGUGACUUUCGAAAAGGAGGCUGCCGCUAAGACCGCUCUGCUCCUCGACAACACCCAGCUGGGUCCCUCCGUCGUCCACGUCAAGGCCGCCCAGACCCUCGACGAUAUCGCGGGCGAGCAAGCCGUCAGCGCCGGACAAGCCAAGGAUGAGCACAACCACGACCUGGAGCAGGAGGAUAAGCCCCGUUCUCGCAUCGUGGCUGAGUACCUAGCCCACGGCUACACUCUCAGCGACACCGCGAUCCAGAAGGCUAUUGCCCUGGACCAGAAGCACGGGUUCUCCUCCCGUUUCACCAGCGCUCUCAGCAGCUUCGACCAGAAGUACCAUGCAACCGACCGUGCUCGCGGACUGGACGAGAGCUACAAGAUCAGCGACAAGGCGACCACUGGCUGGCGUAGUCUGAACCACUACUUCGAGAAGGCCCUCGGCACUCCCUCUGGCAGAAAGCUUCGGGACUUCUACUCCCAGACGGAUAAGCAGGUGCGGGACAUCCAUGCGGAGGCUCGUCGACUGGCGGAUCUGAAGAGCGGCAAGACCACCGAGGGAGGUGAGGCCCCUGCUGCUGCUGGUGCUCCGAGCACGGCGCCUGCAUCCCAGCCGGCGGGUACUGCCGCUCCUGCGGAACAGGCUUAAUAAGACUGGGAAAGUUACCACUAGGUUUUAUUUACACGCCUAAUGAUUCUACUGUUCAUGUAAUGAUUCAGUGAUUCCUUCUACCUGUUAGCUGUCUGGAACAAGCGAUACAUAAUUGAACAAUUUGUAUACCAAGUACUUAUCAAGAUGACUUGAGUUGCCAUGCUCCAACACCACAGAUAGAUCAGCAUACAUCACAACACGAGAUAUAUGCUAUAACCCUACAUCUAUCCAGUCUGACAACUGAAGUAUGACCACUAUCAAUGUCUACACUUCAUCUAAACCUUCUCCCCAUCGUGAUUAAUACCUAAACCGAAUGUCUACAGAAUCAAUAACCCCGAAAGAAAAUAAAACCCAUAAUUA